AACAAAUUGACCGGUGACUUAAAAUAGAGGCUGUCACCAGAUUUUCACAACGUUUCCUUGAACCUAGAGAGGAACAACGCCAGGUGACAGACGUGACGACCUCGGUCAAAUUUAAGUACACAACAUGGGCUGCUGUUCGGGUAUCAUCAGAGUACUGCUCUUUAUCUUCAACUUUGUGUUCUGGCUGAUAGGCUUGGCACUGCUGGCUAUCGGGAUCUUUCUGCUGGUACAACCGACCAGUAGCGCCAUCCAAAGCGUCCUCUCGUUCUAUGGCAUCGCGGUGUACAUCAUCAUCGCGGCCGGAGCCAUCACCACAGUGGUCGGCUUCCUGGGCUGCUGCGGGGCCUGCAAGGAGAGCAAGUGUCUACUCAUCAUGUUCUCGGUAUUUCUCGGGAUCAUCUUCGCCGUGGAGGUCGCUGCUGGCAUCGUGGCCAUCGUCCAAAGAGGCGCUCUGUCCGACCUGAUUACCGACAGCUUUACCGACAUCUUGACACAAGGGCAAGACUUGGAGAAUGUUCCAGAUGCGGUCAAACGUGGUAUCACAGCCAUGCAGAUAGGGCUCGAAUGCUGUGGACUUAACGCUACGAGUAAUUGGGCAGAUCCGGAAAACGCCGAUGGUUGCUCCUGUCCAACGCAAGCACCUCCCACGGGUCUAACGAGCAUCACGACCGGGACCUACCACUGUAACUGCAGCAACUUCAAGUGUCGUGAUGACAACUUCGAACAUCACUGCGCCUGGUGGCGGUGGUUCGGGUGGCGGUGGUAGUCAGGACGGUUGUGUGGGAGGGUUGAACCCGCCAUGCGAAGACAAGUUGCAGACCUUCCUUGAAGACAACUUCCUGCUUGUUGGUGUGUCCGCCCUGGUCUUCUCCAUCGUCCAGAUCAUCGGAAUUUGCUUCUCCUGUAUUGUCAUCAAAAACGCAAACGACGUGGGGCCGGUUUAGUGCGGAUAGCUUCUAUACUCGCCAGCCUCUUCAUUAGACAGAAUGUUUUCUAUUAGGCCACAGCAAGUAAUUUUUAUGGAUGACAUCCGCGCGCGCAUUGGUUUUCGCCUGAUUCGGAAAAAAAAACAAGAAAUUUUGUUGCCUUCUGACAGUGGUCACCAUGCCGGAAAUGGGCAAAGAUGUCUGUUGCCAUGCCGGAAGGUGGAUGGCAGAUAACUAUAAAGAGAGGAGACAAGACAAGGCUCUGAUUUAAUGUUUUGUUUCUUACUUUGAUGCAGUGAUAUGUGAUGUUGGCUGUGUCUAUGUGAUGUUCCCAUUGAAUCAAAACCAUUUGUACAAUGAUUGAGUCAAAAUUUCAAAAUGUGAGAACCUUGUUUUUUUUUCGGCCCGCCUUGUUUUUUUUCGCCCGCUCACAUUAGAUUUGGAAUCUGUGGAGGAUGUCAUCCAUAAAAUUUACUUGCUGUGGCCUUACUCCAUAAACAUUGAUAAUUUGACAUCAUCGGACUUGCUAUUUUUCUAUUGAGAGGUUUACUUCUGGUUGUGCCUUUGUUUUAGUUCUAAGAACUGGUGAUAAUAAUUCACAAUUCAUAACUGAUGAUUUCAAUUUAGCAUGGUUGCUACAGAAUGUAAAUCCAUCUUUACGCUUGCGUUUGGAUCAUAACAGAAUUUGAAAACACACCAGUUUUAUGUACAUAUCGAGAUUUAAGCAUUCUUCACAGGUAUUAUGAUCGUUUUUAACAUGUAAACAAGAUGUGCCGCGCCAGCGCGGAGUAUUUACAAAGUAGGAAGAAAACAACUUUCCUAGUAUAACGAUUUGUGGUAAUAACAACUUACUGCAAUUUCGGUGUGCUUUGGUACAGUUAUUUUCAGCUAUAUAAAUACAUGUAUCAAAUUUUCUAUUUUAAGUAUUUGUAACAUUUGGUGUUCAGUCUUAUUGUGAUAUGCGUAGUUUCGUACAUUAUACAUUAUGUUGUUCAGUAAUGCUGUGACUAUGUUUAACUUCAGAUUCACGAUGUUGUCUUUGUUUUGAGUGUACACAUCGUUGUUAUGAAUUAUUUACAAUAAAUGAUUUCCAGGAUGAUGUACUAUUUGCUCUGAUCAACCAAGGAUAGUAUUAGUUUGGCAAGGACAUGAACCAUUAGGAAAUAGUCAUCUCUGAACACGCAAAUUUCACGUAAAACAUACAACAUCUUAUUGACAUUUCCAGUCAAGCUUGCACACGCAUAUUGACUACGACUAAAGCCUGUGCCAGCUCGCACGUAUCAGGCGAACUUUGUCGUCUGAACCGCCGGUCACCUGUCGCCUGUCCGGUCAUUUGCGGUUUGGCCUCUGCGCUGACCUGGGGAACGAUUUAUCAUUUGUUACAUGGUCAUUGAUUAACUCGUGCAUAGGUAAGGUAAAAUGGUGGCUGUUAUGGCUGCCAGGCAACCUACAUACGAGUUAAAGUGACGUUCCCGUGCUAGCUAACACUGUGCAGUGACAUGUACAUGUAUGUACAGAAUAUGUAUACUUGCAUUUUGGCCCUCUGGCAGUGAUCGUUGGCAAAGUGGCGAUGUCAUCACUACUUCCUCUAUCGCACAGUGACGUUACAAUAUAUAA